CCUCUUUUGGGUCAUAAUUUUCCCAAGGCACAGAAUGCGUGUCGUGUGAUAGGAAGUUCCGAAAACUUGUUUUUCUACGAGAAUACGCCCAUCCCAUUGACGAAACUGGGCCGCCUAGCUCUGGUCGCAAGGGUUCCUAACGAUGUCACCUAUGAAGUUCACUGGCUUGCAAUUGAGGGAAAAUCACCUGCGGUACAGCAAGAAAAAGCCCCAGCUGUAUUCUCAAUUGAAACGGUCAAUCCCAGCCAUGCGCCUCGUGUUGACCUGGAACCCGAGCAAUUGGCAUAUCUGGAGGAUAUCAAGAAGUCUCUGUUAGAUGGCGACCAACAGCGAGUGCGAACAGCCUUGGAUUGCCUGAGCAGUGACCGCAUCAUAGAGCCUCUGGUCCCAUUCUUCAUCGACUUUGUCAUGGAUCUGUUCGAAGAGCACUGCAAAAAUCUUAAGAGCCUUACCGCGGCCGUGCGGCUUCUGCUGGGACUGAUGAAGAACAAGCACGUGGCCGUUCAGCCGUACAUCGCCACACUCCUGCCGCGCGUGAUGUCCUGUGUGCUCAAGCGGUCUCUGCCACCCGGAGGAAAGCGUGCACACAACAGUUCGGUACCUCUACAGGCGCAUGUAUACGCACCCCCGGCGGAGGAUGGCGUGGUGGUGAAUGACUGGCAGUUGCGGGGACUGACGGCUCUGCUGAUACCACUAAUGUGUGACAGGUGGGAGGAUACGAAAACCUCGCUCAAGUCACGCGUGACUAAGCUGUACGUAAAAGGCUUACUGGAAACGGACAAGACCUUUGGGUCCAACUUUGGAGCGAUACUGGGUCUUGCGGCCCUGGGGAACGAGUCAAUUGCCGCGCAUCUCCUUCCUAAUCUCAAAACGUACAGCCAGCUUCUAGAGGCAACGCUAUCCAGAGGUGCGAAGGAUACGGUGAAGACGCGCGAGGCGGAGAUGAUACGCAAACUACUGCAUUCGGUAUUGGGCACCUUCUUCAAUACCUGGUCCACUUCCAAGACAUCGACCGUCACGUCUGUUUCGCUGAGCCGGAGUCAGGCAGACGCAUUGGGGACAUUUGCGGCAAUCCUCCUACCCUUCAUCAACAGUUUGAAUAUUGAGGCGCUGAGUUUCGCCGAUAUGGAUCGCAGAACAUCGAAGAAGAGGAAAAAGGAGAAGCACUUCAAAAAAUAG